AUGGCGAAUUCUAAACUUGGCAUCCCUCUGCUCCGCCGUCUGCGGGAAACAGGAACGAGAUGGAUGUCAUCAUCCGCUGCCGGGACCAGAUUCGCCGCGCUGUGGGGGAACGGUGAUUAUGGCAGGUUGGGAUUCGGUAAUUUGGAUUCUCAAUCAACCCCAAAGCCUCUUUUCCCGUCAUCCUUCCGAGACCAAACGCUCAAGUCUAUUGCCUGUGGCGGAGCUCACACGCUCUUCUUAACAGAAUCUGGGCAAGUUUUUGCCACUGGUCUUAAUGAUUUUGGACAACUUGGCAUAUCAGACAGCAGUAGUUAUGUGACGGAGCCGGUGGUAGUUUCAGGAAUGGAGAAGGAAAUUGUGCAAAUUUCUGCUGGUUAUCAUCAUUCUGGUGCUAUCACAGUCGAUGGAGAACUCUAUGUCUGGGGAAGAAACUCAAAUGGACAGCUUGGUCUGGGAAAAAAGGCGGGAAAAUCAGUUUGUAUACCAACAAAAGUAGAAUUGUUGAGUGGGAUUUCCAUCAAAAUGGUAGCUUUGGCUUCGGAGCAUUCAGUUGCUGUUACUGAUGAUGGUGAUGCCUUGAGCUGGGGAGGAGGUGACUCUGGACAGCUUGGUCAUAGCGGUGAAGCAGGCAUUCUGGGAUUCCUGAAAAGCAAGAGUGAAUAUGUACCACGGCGCAUUAAGAAACUUGAGGGUUGUAAGGUGAAAAAGGUGUCUGCUGGCUUGCUUCAUACAGCAUGCGUUGGUGAAAAUGGAUCUGUUUUCAUAUUUGGUGAAAGAGCUGUCAGUAAAUUGCGCUUUGGAGAUGGAAAAAAUGCCAAUAUCCCAUCCAUGCUUGAUAUGCUGCCAUCUUCUGAAGAAGUUGCAUGUGGUGGCUAUCACACUUGUGUUGUCACAGGUGCUGGAGAGCUGUACGCUUGGGGCUCAAACGAAAAUGGUUGCCUUGGUAUCGGCACCAUUGAUGCCUUUGGUCUACCAGAAAAAGUCGAAGGACCUUUCCAGAAAUCAUCUGUCGACAAGGUAUCCUGUGGUUGGAAGCACACUGCGGCUAUAUCUGAAGGCAAAGUCUUCACCUGGGGUUGGGGAGGCUCUCAUGGAACAUUUUCAGAAGACGGUCAAUCUUCUGGAGGCCAAUUGGGACAUGGAAGUGAUGUAGAUUAUAUAAACCCUAUGGUUGUAAAUUUCGGCGAAAACGUGAGAGCUGUGCAAAUUUCAUGCGGGUUCAAUCACACUGGAGCCAUAUUGGUCAUGGAAGAUUGA